AUGAGUUUCGCGGGCGAUGUAGAUCGCGAUUUCAGAGGCAUCUCCGCGGGCAUGCAGCAGGUCUCGCUGCGACAGAUUAAUCCAAACCACAGACACCGCACAAGGAGAUUGCAGCCGCAAGAGCAGAAAACUUUGAAAAGUGACAAAGAAUCACCAUCCUCAGGUGUCUUUGUCGAUGUGCACUCCCAUCUGGCUGUUCUGAAAAACGAAAAUUAUCAUCUCAAGAUGGAAUUGAUACAGCAGCAGCAGGAGGUUAACCAGCUUAUGAAGCAGCUGAAAAAUGCUGAGAAAAGCGCAGCCGAACUUCCUUCUUAUCGAGAAAUCGCCACAGGUUCUGAAAAACCACUUUUGAACUACGCCGCGGAGGUCAGUGACGAAAAUGAAUCCCCUUCUAAAUCAGAACGGCUUUCAGUCUCCGACUACGACAUCGUUACGCACUUCUCUGGCUCGCCUUACAGAGGGGAGCCCAUGAACUCAGAACAGGACAUUACCUCGCGUCCCGAUUCGUCGAUGACGCACAUUCGCCGUAAUGGGAAGUUCUUCAAAAAUUCUGUGAUACCGUUUCUGCAUAAAACCCUUGAUACUUUCCAGCAUAGUGAAGUUUUCCGCGAAGAUGCCAAGUGUCUGCAGGGGAAGCUCGAGGCUUUCAAGGCACAUACCUCGGCAGAUAAAGAAUUGAGGGUUCAGCUUAUGAUCCACCUCUUAGACGGCAUAAACCAUUUGCAACAACAAUGCGUGGCGUUGCUGAACCGAGAACUCGAAAACAAACGUGUAUCUCGCCAACUUGAAUAUUUAUUUUCCGCACUGUCAGAUCCGGAACAUCAUGGCCUAGUUGGGAAGGAAAGUGGUACUAAGUUGAAAGCGGAACUGCUCGACGCGAUGUUAGAUAUCCUGGCUCCUGAAAAUGAAAGGGCGCGUCAACACGGCGGAUACUCGAAAUCAGAGCAGUCUAGCAAAAGUGGUCGGAUGUCAAAACGGGAGCCCACGAUAAAUACACCUGCGGUCAAUAAAAUCAUCAAAAGUCAACUUGAUGUUGUCCCGUCUAUGCCGCCUCUGCCUAAGCUUUCCAGAGGAUGUAGCCGUACUGGGUCAGACAUGAGCGAGCCCCCGAAAGUGAGCUAUUUACCGCCAAAGACUUCGUCAUCGUCAUCGCCGUCGUUGUCGCUAUCAAAUUUGCCAGUGCGAUCGCAUAGAAAGGCAGACAUUCACGGGAGACUUCAUCAUGUACAAGGAGGCCGCAAGUCAGAGAAAGAGGCCCGCUCAGAGCAAAACCAUUGGGAGUUCAUUCCAAUUGGAUACGAUGACAGCAUGCUUUCAAAGCAGACCCCUAGCCGCCGUUUGGCGUUCAACAUCAAAAGGGAUGAGAUUCUACAGAGGACACCUCUUGCUAUCACAUUCAAAGACGAUGGUGAGGCAGAAGGGGAUUCUGACCCUUUACAAGCCUAUUUCACCGAGUUCUCAGGCGAUACAUUGGAUCAGGAUGAAUCGACAAAUGACUGUAAUCCUCUGAAAAGAUAG